GGAUCGCGAUUGGCCAGUCUGUGCCGCGGGUUGCCGCGUGGUUGGCUGAGGCACUGGGCUCGGGCAGCAUGACCCCGCAGGAUUGGUCAUGGGCUCCCAGGCCCCGCCUCCCGCACUGUCGGCGCAGCCCCGGGUCGCGUGGGGGAAGGGCCGCGGGCCGCAGGGGGUGAGUGCGCUCCGGGAACAUGACGGCGGCGGACCUCUCCCAGAUCCCCGACGUGGACAUCGACUCCGACGGCGUCUUCAAGUAUGUGCUGAUUCGAGUCCACGCGGUGCCGCCCUCCGGGGCCCCGGCGGGCGAGAGCAAAGAGAUCGUUCGCGGCUACAAGUGGGCCGAGUACCACGCGGACAUCUAUGACAAGGUAUCAGGCGAGAUGCAGAAGAAAGGCUAUGACUGCGUGUGCCUGGGGGGCGGGCGCAUCUCCCACCAGAGCCAGGACAAGAAGAUCCAUGUGUACGGCUACUCCAUGGGUUACGGUCGCGCCCAGCACUCCGUCUCCACUGAGAAGAUCAAAGCCAGGUACCCUGACUACGAGGUCACCUGGGCCGACGACGGCUACUGAGGCCCACCUGAGACCAGCCACCUCCAGCGACCCACUUGGAACUCUGUUCUCAAGGCCACCUCCCAAGAGGCUGGGCUGCACCCCCUGGCACUUUGCCACCCUGGCCAGGGCUCAGUGCCCGGGGUUACCUCUCUGGGGAGAAUUAAAAGCAUCGUCACCUCUGCUGGUCCCUGAA